AUGCAGUUAAAAUUCUGCCGGCUCCGGACUCACCAGUGCUGCUUCAUCCUCUUUAAUGUUGCGCUUUUCCAUGUUUUGCUCUUUGGGGCUGACCUUGUAGAGGAAUACUUCCUACGAGCCCUUCCCACUACUUACACUGACAUGAAGAUGCUCGAUGCCAGGGAGAAAGCACGAAAGUUGGACAUGUCCCCCCUGAAACCCAACAUCUCGAAAGCUUACAUCAUCAGCAGUUCAGACGCCUGUAUCCACAAAGAGGUCUUCAUCCUGGUUCUCACAUUCAGCAACCCUGAAAAUGUGUCAAGGCGCAACACAAUCCGACAAACAUGGGCUAACACAACAGACACCAGAGGUUACAGCACUGUUAACUUGUUCGUGUUAGGGAAGCCUUCUUCAGAAGCCACCCAGUUGGAGGUCAUCAAAGAAUUUCAGGAGCAUCAAGACCUUAUUGAAGGAGCUUUCCUCGAUUCACCUGAGAACCAAACAUUGAAGACCGCUACUGCAGUGGAGUGGAGUGUAACGUUCUGUCCUGGGGCAAGGUUCAUUCUCAAAACUGACGAGGAGAUGUUUGUUCACCUUGCAAAUUUGGUUGACUACUUGCUGAGCUUGAGAACUCACCUUGAGAACAUCUAUCUAGGGAGAGUGGUCCAUCAAGAGCUGCCCAACAGAGACCCUCAAAGUCCCAGCUUUGUCCCCCUGCAAAUAUAUCCAGAGAAAUACUACCCCGACUACUGCAGCGCAACAGCGUUUGUCAUUUCACAGGACGUAGCACGGAUGAUCUAUGUAACAUCUCCUGAAGUCCCUCUUUCGAUGCCUCCCGGAGUCUUUGUGGGAACCUGUACAAAAAAUGCUGGUGUGACACCUAUUCACAGCUCUCGGUUUUCUGGGAAAAAACACAUCCGAUAUAACCGGUGCUGCUACAAAUUCAUCUUCACCUCAGUGGUCUCCAGAGAUAGCCAGCUGGUCCAAGAAUGGGAAGAAGUUAGUGACGGCAAAGCCUGCACCUUACUGGAAACCUAUUAUGGGCUGGUGUCCUGCCGAGUCAUGACUUACCUGGAUGGAUUUAAAUACCUGAACGUCGAUGACCUACAGAACGAGGCUCUUCAUUUUGCUGAUUAA